AUUUAUAAUUUGUGACCAAUACACAUUGUUAAAGUGUGCAGUUAACCAGCAAAUUAUAAGCCAGCAGAGAGAAAAUAUUAUAGAGACACUUUUAUGUUGGAUUGUAAACGUAAUGGAAUACACAAUGUUGAUGGGCCAGACAUUCUUUUAAACGGCAGACGAUGUGAGAUUAAUAUCAGAUGUCUCCGUAGUAACAUUGAUUCUGAACAUACGUUGUAACAUCUUAAAUCAGCUGCGGUAUUUCGCAGUUAAAGUUUCAUUGAAUCAUUUAGGACAAUAGUGUAAACACAGACGCUGAUGGAUAUCAAGUUGUGUUUGUGUAAAGUCGACAUGAGUGUUUUUUAAUUAAUAUCCUUAUUUGUAAAUCUACUGUUGAAUCCAUAACUCAUGUUAAGUGUUGAAAUAUAAUAGGUGACUUUUACAUCUACAAGCAUGGAAGUAAAGAAAAAAGAUCCAUUUCAGCUUCACGUGAACAUUAUGAAAUCACAAUGUAUGCAGCAUCUGGGUCAGGAAACACACUCUUACACAGGUAAACAUCCAUAUCCCCAACAAGAGCUUGAUGAGGAACUUUUAUCAUCAACUGGGAAAAAACGUGAAAAAGAAACUAAAGUUUGCGAUUUGUGCAAAUUCGAUGACCUUCAAGAAACUGCCAUUGGUUUUUGUAUUAACUGCACUGAUUUUCUAUGCAAAAGCUGCCUAGUGAAUCAUAAGAGAAUAAAGGUUACACGUUCGCAUAUCGUAUUACAAGGGGAUGAAAUGCCUACAGAUGUUGAACCUUUUCGUCAAUUGCGAGACCUUGUAAAAUGUGAAUUUCACCCUGAAUACGACAUGACGUUUAUAUGUGCUGAACACUCCACUUAUAUAUGUUCCGUGUGUGUUACAGAGAAACAUCGCAUGUGUAAAUUGGGGACAAUUAGCGCAUUACAUAAUGAAAAGGGCCCUGAAAUAGAUGGCUAUGUGAAAGAAAGUCUGCUGAAUCUACAAGCGCGCAUUGUACAAUUAAAAUCAAAUCAAGAAACAUACCUGAAGCGCAUGCUAGAAGACCAGAAUAGAGCGAUUGCAGAAGCACAAGAUAUUGCACAACAACGAAUAGAGGAGAUUAAUACACUCACUUUAAAAGUGGUAGAUGAGAUAACCGAGCUUGGAAAAACAGAAACCAGCAUCACUAAAUCAAGAAUAAAUGAUGCUAAUUAUAUAAAUCAGGAAAUAAGAAGAAUGCACCGAAUAAUGGAAACAGCCCAUAAAUAUGGAAGUGCUGAUGAAUGUAUUUUAGCUUCAAGGAGUAUUGAUGCUAAUGCCAAAGAAAUCACGACAAAACUAUGUGCUUUGGAAACAAGUGACCAAAAACACUUUUCAAUUGACAAUCUUCAGGAAAUUCAUAAAUUGAAUCGUCUCUGCGAUAUUCGCUUUGCAAGUGCUGUAAAAAAUAAACUCGUCAUUGAAAACGCAAGCGAUGAAUUAAGUGAUGUUCUUGAAUGCGAUGAAUUAGACAAACAUAGUGACACCUGCACAGUGCGAGACUUUGGUACUCAGGUUUGGUAUGAGACUUCAAUUUCCAAAUGCAAUAAAGAAGUACAAACAUUGAAUAUCGCUUGCGUAUCUGAACCAAACAUUCAAGCAACACGGCCCUUAACACAUCAUUCCAUGCCGCCUCAAGGUGCAAGCAAACACAGUGUAAGGUCGUUUAUGGAAAGGUCUGUAACAAAAACGUCUUCCAAAUUUAAAAUAAAAUCCCCAAAUGACGAAUUUAAUUGUUCCGUAACAGCUAUUAAAAUCCUUUCCGAUGGGAAGAUGUUGGUUGCAGACAGACAGAACAAAAAGAUAAAACUAUUGUCCCCAGAAUUUGUAAUUCUUCACGAGUGCGUACUUUCUGGACCCCCAAUAGAUUUGUGCGUAGUUAAGGAUGACAUUUAUGUCUGUUGCUUUGACGAAAAAAAGGUCGUGAGGUUUUUUAUUGAUUUUUUCGGAAGAUUGUGCCAGACGGGUGGUUAUCCAACGAAGUUUUGGCCUGUAAGCAUAUCGCAUUUUGAAGAACGAGUAAUGAUUUUGUUCUUGAAACAGUCGGGUCGUUUUGAUUUAAACGAGCCCGAGUCUGUAGAAAUUGAAAUCAGAAACGGAAGCAAAAUCGACGCCGGAUUAGAAUAUGGCCCAGAGGACACUUCCAGUUCUUCGGAGGAUGGAGAGGACGACCAUUAUUAUAUAGAUUGGGCUAAAAGGAUCUUAACGGUAGAGUUCGGGUCAGUUGUAUUAGCAGAAAACAAUCGUAUUUCAUGCUACGGCAUUGACGAGUUUCAAAAAAAGAUUGGUGACCGAAAAUGGUAUUAUAAAUAUUAUGGAUCAAAUCCUUUGGAUAAUGCAAGAGGAAUUACAAGUGAUAGUGAAGGAAAUGUCUAUAUUUGUGGCUCAGAGUCCAAUAACAUUCAUCAAAUGUCUUCAGAGAACUACCGCCAAAACAGGAUACUUAUUUCGGAUAUCAAAAGGCCAUAUUCUGUGUGUGUCGAUUCAAAAAGAGGUCGACUGAUUGUGGGUUGCUGUCAAGAUAAUCGCAUUCAUGUGUUUUACUUCCAAUAAUAAAAUCGAUAUUGAAACACAGAGAAAUACAGAACCAACAAUUAUAACUUUAUAAGUCCAAUUGUGUUACUAUAUCAUAAUGUUCCUGGUAUGUGUAACUGUUUGCUGCUUGUAAACAACAUGUAUGAACGUGUACCGUUAUUAAUCAUUGUCUCAAAAUGCAUUAUCUAGCGUACUUUACACAUAACACACCCAUUCACGUAUACUGUCUCUUCUUAUAACGUUGCUUUGUAUAUGUGUUUUAAAUGAUGACAUUACAUAGAUCGACACAAGGAACCAAAGUAACUGUCUUAAACUUUGAAUCUAUGUUAAGGGUUUUUUGUUUUGUUAAUGUUGUACAUUAAUUACUCUUAUGAAAUUUAUAAUUCCCACUAUUAUGCAUAAUCCGAGUCAUUGACGAAUGUAAGAGAGAUCCACUUGUUACUAAGUGGUGCUAUGCAAUUUUUUAUUGUGCUUAAAUUAGCAAAGAGCAAUGUACAUGUUAAAAUAAAAAUUUACACUGUUUACAACAAAUGUAACUGUAUUUUGUUCAAUAUUCAAAAUGUAACAGAUUGCGAUGAAUGGUCGAAAUUAUAUGUGUCCUCAUUGAAUAGGGUUGUUAAAUAUAAACACAAUGUCCCAGUUAAUAAAUAAAAAUAGCAGUAUAAUGUGGCCACCGUCAUUGUCCUUUUUAUCUCAUAUCAUUUGUAUAAGAAUGAUAUAAGAUGGGUACAGGCUGCCAAUUUAUUGUAUUGCGAAAAAGGAUUUCUCUUUUGUAUUUAGAUACGAUUUUGAAGUCUUGCACAAUGGCCACAUAUUUUAAAUUAAAUUAUUUCAUUACCAGUUGCAAAAAAGAAAAUUGACGAUGAAUGUAUACUUGUUUCUUUUAUAUUAGCUUGUAUGACUGUACAUGACAUUUAUAUAGCGAUUUUUCUUCAAUAUACAAGAAAUAUCAAAGCAGUUGUGUCCUAGUAUGAUCUUUUAUGUUGUCUGUAAAAAAUAUUUUGAAACUCGUAAUAAAUAAGAUAGAUUUAGAGUCUUUCACAAUAGCGAACUUUCGUUUUCUUAUCUCAAAUAUAUACCAUAUCUGUCCAGUCCUUUUAAUUUGGUAACUGAUGACCUUGAGAUUAUUUCGUGUAUAGGCUUGCUCUAAUUCUUUUCCAAGUAGUGAGCUCCACAGUUCAUGGGUUCGAAUACCGGUUUAAUUAACUAUCGUCAAUAAA